AUGGUUCAAAACAAACUAUUUUUGCUAAUUACCUACUUGGUUUUGGCUCUGAUAACUGCUAAAGCUAAAGAUGGUGCAAAAGUAAGUGAUAUUAUUGGUGAUGGUGGAGAUUGUGCUAUUGGUGUUGAUAGACAAGAAACUAAAUCUGAAAUUGAGGAUGAUAGAGCAAAUUUAGCAUGUGCUGCUAUAGGAAAAAUGUUUAGUGUGCGGAGUGACGAAGAAGAUAUUGGAACCGACGACAAUGGAGAAAUUACCGAUGCUGGCUGUGAUGGUGAAGGUAUUGUUAGUGACUAUGAUUGGGAAGAGAUUGAUGCAAUGGGAGGUUCUGAAAUUGAAGAUGAUGGAGAUCUAACAGAUACUGAGGAUGGUGAAGAAACUCCAGGAUCUGUUAAAACUCCUGGUGAUGAUAAAUAUCAGACAGAGUUUAAUUUUAAUGAUUUUAUAACCGAAAGUUCGCUCGAAAACUUUACAACUGCUGGAGUUAUGGUUUCUACUGAAAACCUUCUAGGCUCAACCACAAGAAGACCAAAAAGACGUUUAAGACUUAUCAAAACAUCACGCCCCACCAUUAAACCAAAUACAGGAGAAUACAUUACGGCUGCUGGAGAGGAGCAAGUAGUAUUAACUGCAAGCAUGAAAUUAUUUUGGCUGCUAAGCUGUCUGCUCUUAUUCUUGCUCGUGGUGAGAGCUCAGGAUGAUGAAACAACCCCUGACGAUGGAGGCGAUGCCGUUACCGAACCCGAUGAUGGAGGCGAUGACAUUACCGAACCUGAUGAUGGAGGUGAUGAUGUUACGGAACCUGAUGAUGGUGGUGACGAUGUUACUGAACCUGAUGGUGGAGGCGACGAAGUAACCGAACCAGCUGGAGAAUGCACCGAGAAACCACCUUGCCCACCAAAACCAUGCCCACCAAAACCAUGCCGACCACCGAAACCUCCAGCAGGAGCAUGCGGUGCUGGUGGAGGAGGUGGUGGAGGAGGUGGUCGAGGUCCGCCAGGUAGUGGUCGUGGAGGUCGUGGUCCCCAGGGUGGUGGUCGUAGAGGUCGUGGCGGUCGAGGAGGCCGUAAAGGAAAUCGACGUGGAAGGCGUGGCAAAGCACGUGGUAAAGGACGUGGACCAAAACGUGGUGGUAAUCGUCGUGGUUAG